UAUAUGUCCCUAUACUGGGACUUAUAUUCGUCCGAAAAUUCACGAGAGAGACCAGAUCUCAGAGAAGUCCAGCAGAUUGAACUAAACACUGCAGAACUGCUGCCUAAUUCGUAGCAACCAUGGAUAAGAAUGCUGAUGAUGAGCACUGGAUCAAGGAGAGGCUGAAGCAAUUGAGAUGCCACUUUACAUGGGCGUUGCUAAUUGCAGACACUGAAAUGCCUGAUUUAGAAAACAGGAUCUUGGAGGAGAUUGAGUUCCUAGACACCAAAUACAAUGUGGGCAUUAACAACCUAUUGGCCUAUGUGAAACACCUGCAAGGCCACAAUGAAGCCGCCCUGGAGAGCUUGAAAAAGGCUGAAGAAUUAAUCCAGCAAGAACAUGCCAACCAAUCUGAUUUGAGAAGUCUGGUUACCUGGGGCAACUAUGCCUGGGUGUAUUACCACAUGGGAAGACUGGCAGAAGCCCAGAUUUACCUGGACAAGGUGGAGAAUACUUGCAAGAGAGGUGUAAAUCCCUCCCACUAUAGGAUGGAGUGUCCUGAGAUGGACUGUGAGGAAGGAUGGGCCUUGCUGAAGUGUGGAGGACAGAAUUAUGAACGGGCCAAGGCCUGCUUUGAAAAGGCUCUGGAAGUGGACCCUGAAAACCCUGAAUUCAGCACUGGGUAUGCAAUUACUGUCUAUCGCCUGGAUGACUUCGCCAUAGAAACACAGAGAAAGGGGUAUUCUCUGCAGCCCCUAAGGCAGGCUGUCAAGCUAAAUCCGGAAGAUGUACAUAUUAAGGUCCUUCUUGCCCUGAAGCUUCAGGAUGCAGGACAAGAAGCUGAAGGAGAAAAGUACAUUGAAGAAGCACUGGCCAGCACAUCCUCCCAGACCUAUGUCUUUCGACAUGUGGGCAGAUUUUACCGAAGAAAAGGCUCUCUGGAUAAAGCUCUCCAGUUCUUUAAGAAGGCCUUGCAGGCAACACCUGCCUCUGUCUUCCUGCAUCACCAGAUAGGGCUUUGCUACAGGGCACAAGUGAUCCAAAUAAAGACAGCUAUAAGCAAGCAGCCUAGAAGGCAGGAUAGAGAAAAUAUCAACAGAAUUAUAACAUUAGCCAUACCUCAUUUGGAAUUUGCUGUGGAACAAAAGCCCACAUUUGCUAUUGCUUAUGUACACCUGGCGAGUAUGUAUAUAGAAGCAGGAGACUACAGAAAAGCCGAAGACGCUUAUCAAAAAGCAUUAUCCAUCAAACCACUGGAAGAACUACACGAGCAAGAGAUACAUCAUCACUAUGGCCGAUUUCAGGAAUUUCAGAGGAAAUCUGAAAUCGAUGCGAUUACCCAGUAUUUAAAAGCAAUAAAAAUAGAAAAGGCGUCAUUUCCAAGGAAUAAAAGUAUCGAAUCUUUGGAGAAACUGGCUUCAAAGAAACUUCAAAGAGAUCCAUCAGAUGUGGAAAGCUUGAGCCUCCUUGGGUUCAUCCACAAAUUGAAAGGAGACAUGAAUGAAGCCCUGAAGUACUACGAGAGGGCCCUGAGGCUGACUGGUAAUUUGAACCCCAUGUUUUGAAAGAGAGGUCACCACUACUUGUUUGGAAACCCUGGUGGCAUGGUGGUUAAGUGCUACAGCUGCUAACCAAAAGGUCGGCAGUUCUAACCCACCAGGUGCUCCUUGGAUACCCUGUGGGGCAGUUCUACUCUGUCCUGUAGGGUCGCUAAGAUUCAGAAUUGACUCAACAGCAAUGGUUUUGGUUUUUUUUUUUUGGAUUACUCAUUUAAUGUGUUUGUAACUAAAUAUGACAAAUAUUCUUUCCUGUUGCUGCCUUCAAAGUACGUAAAACGUGGUGAAAUGAAAAAUAGUUUGAUAUACCACAUCCUGUGCACAUCCUGUGCUACCUGCCUUGUAGGGUAAUGCUAUUCAGCUAUAUGCAUCCCCUCCCUAAUGGAAUCAGCUUUGCUCUUCCCCGAACAAGAAGGAAAACAUCUGGGCCUGGACGUGAAGUCCCUGGGAACACUGACUACCCAAAGGAUGUGGGAGAAAAACAAUGAGCCUUGGUCCCAACUGGAGUGGUAUAUGAGCUUGGGUCCUUUGCUAGGUGGUUGCAGAAAAUACUCCAGCUGGCUGCCACUGGAGAGCAGCUGCUUGCCUGUGUCACUAAGUCUCCCUGAAUAAACGUUAUGAAUCUGGAAAGGGCUAUGUGUC